AUGAAAGUUGACACCCAAAUCCUUAUAAACGCACCCUCAUCUGUGGUGCGCAAAGUAAUCCUGGACUUCGACAACUAUAGCUCUUGGAACCCGUUUCUCACAUCUGUAAAUGCGCUUGACAAGAAAACAGAUGAAAUUGGUGCAGGUGACUUACUCGACGUUUACAUGACAAACGCCAACGGUAAAGUUUCGAACUUUAAACCGACAGUGACGGCCAACAGCCCACAAAGGUUUGAAUGGCAGGGCACUCUUUUGUCAGCGUGGGUUUUCAGCGGAAUCCACCGGUUCGAAUUCAAAGACGUUGAUGGUGGGAAAGCGUGUGAAUUUCGCCAAUCGGAGAAUUUCAGCGGCUGGGCCUUGCCGCUUUUGAAAUUUAUGCUUAGUGGAGUCUCCAAGAAUUUCACAUCCAUGAAUGAAGCUCUCAAGAAGGAGUGUGAGAAGUCUUGA